UUUGGAUUUCGUUUCUGUUACGUUUAUUGUACUUUAAAUAUAAAUUUACGCAUUUUAAUUGCAUUGAAGGAUAGUGUUUACAGUUAUAUAACAUUUUAUUGCUGCUUGGGAAUUUGUAAAGUGCAGCAAAUAGACAAAAUGACGGUCAAACCUACUUGCCAAGUUUGCAACGAAAAUCAGCACAAAUACAAAUGCCCUCAAUGCUAUAAACGUUACUGCUCUGUUAAUUGCUACAAGAAGCAUAAAAGUGAAGAUUUUUGCCAAGCUAAUGUCGAAAAACCGCCGAAAAAUGGAGAAAAACAGCUUCAAUGUUUGGAAAAACAAGACGAAGAAACUGAAAAAAUUUCCGAAGAAGUUUUGGGAAGAUUAAAAGAAUCAGAAAAACUGAAAGAUAUUUUAAAGAAUCCUCAUUUAAAAAAACUAUUAACAGAAGUCGAUAAAAAUGAAAAUACUCCACAAUUAAUCAAUGACUUAAUGCAAGAACCGAUAUUUAUUGAAUUUGCCGACCAAUGCUUAGAUAUUAUACAUUAGUUAUAAAUAUUCUACCAAUAUUAAAUAAAACUACCAAAUGUGUUCUUGCAUAACAUUGCCCUAUCACAGUUGUUCGAAACAUUGCAAAUUGAUGUUUUUGUAAUAAAAUAAAUAACACAUGGAAGGUGAAUGCCAAAUCUAACCUCACAUAAAACAUGAAGUGAUCAUUAAACACCUUGGUUUUACAUCCCAAGAAUAAAUAUAAAAGUAACUCAA